AUGGGGAAGCCACGCAUGAUAAUCCUCAUCCGGCACGCCCAAUCCGAAGGCAACAAGAAUCGCGAUAUUCACCAGACCAUACCAGAUCACCGUGUCAAGCUGACCCCUGAAGGCUGGACCCAGGCUUACGACGCAGGUCGUCGACUACGCUCACUCCUGCGCGCCGACGAUACCCUGCAUUUUUUCAUUUCACCCUAUCGCCGUACUCGCGAAACUACGGAAGGAAUUCUCUCAACCCUAACUACGGAUGAGCCCUCUCCCUCGCCGUUUCCCAGGAAUUCCAUCAAAAUAUACGAGGAGCCUAAGUUGAGGGAGCAGGACUUUGGCAACUUUCAGCCAUGCAGCGCCGAAAUGGAGAGGAUGUGGCAGGAACGAGCUGACUAUGGACACUUCUUCUACAGAAUCCCAAACGGUGAGAGUGCAGCCGAUGCGUAUGAUCGUGUUAGUGGAUUCAAUGAAAGCCUAUGGAGGCAGUUCGGCGAAGAAGAUUUUGCAAGCGUAUGCGUCCUAGUCACCCACGGGUUAAUGUCUCGAAUCUUCUUGAUGAAGUGGUACCAUUUUAGCGUGGAAUACUUUGAAGAUCUCCGAAAUGUGAAUCAUUGCGAGUUUCUCAUCAUGCGCAAGCGGGAGGACAGUGGGAAAUAUAUUCUCGAAAACAAUUUACGCACUUGGUCUGAGCUCAAACGAGAGCGCAUAGAAGCUGCCAAAGAGAAUAGUGCCUCCUCUCAUCCACCCACUAAGUCUCCGGAAAAAGACAGAGAAAUCAAAGUCUUGGCUAGUCUUAACGCAUUGGCAGUCGGGCAAUCAACUCCAACUCUAGCUCGUAAAAAAUGGGGUGGAUGUCCAAAUGGUUGUGACCACGCCAAAUUUUCGUACAAGAAAGAAAAUUCUAUGCACGCGAUGCAGUUAAAUGGACGUGCCACUCCAACUCUUGAGGAAAUUGCUCUCCAAUCGCGUCGCCCUCUACGUCGCAACCAAACUAAUACCGAGGAAGAUCUCAUCUCGCGUGCCCGCCUAACCGUCAAGGUAGACAAGUCUGAUGAUGACAAUAUCUCUUCUCCCGAUGGAACACCUAGCUUCAUAUCUGUUGAAGAUCGUAUGUUACACAUUCUCAAAUCACCACGAAUAAAUCAUUUACAGGCCCAGAACGGGGUCAAAUUUUUUAGUAAUAUGAGUGCCUCAACGAGUCAGACUGGCAGCGAUGAUUGUGACUUUAGUGCCGAGGAGGAUGCGACACGAGGAAAAGGGAGAAUAUUUCAGAGAAAUAAAUUAAUAGGUCCAUGUCAUGGCCAAAAGAAGGUGAAUGUUCGGGGACGUGGAGUUAUAACGAGUGCUCUAAGCGAUCAAAGUGACGUCGGCACAGAUGAUGUCGGUUAUACAGAAGGCAAAACCGAUGAUAUGGACGACUUGGAAAAGGCUGAGGCUAAUGAUAAGAGUCUCAUCGGGAGUGUUUACUGA